UGGCUGGGUGCGUGGUUGGGAAGGGGAGGAAGGGGUAAGGGUCGGGUCUUAGCGUGGGCAUUAUUCAUUCGCUAAUCUGGCUGUCUGAAACGUUGGCCGGGGAAGUUUUGAAGCCAGUGAGGGGCUGCGGCGAGGCGAGGAGGAGGAGGAGGAGGAGGAGGAGGCAUGACGCAGGCGCUGACGGGGGCACCUCUGGGAUAGUCAUAGUACCCCCUCUCACCGCAUCCUCUCCCAUCCUCUUCCUCUCCCCACCACCACCACCACCCUUCCUCUCCCUUCUUCCACCACCAUCACCGCCUCUCAGUCUCACCACCUCGGGGCUGUCGGGCGGUCAAGGAUCCCACUCUCUCAGUCACCCGCUGCCGCCCGUCCCGAGAAGACCUUCGCCCCUCGUGCCUCUCAGCGCCACGAGGGAAGAGAGACAGGGAAGCCGGUGCUGUGGUCCCUCAGUAUAGGUCCCAGGGGCGUGAACAUCCGGAAGGGACACCGACCGAGCACUCCCCAAGCUAGAAUAUCGGUUUUAUGCAUCCUUUUCGCUUGUACUGACUGGUUUAAACGCGUAAUUAUUCGCUGUUUAUUGCUUCACCGACUCGUGUUAAAUUCGAGGGUAUCCGGGUAUGAUAUAGUUGUCGGGUGUGUUUGUAAAGUUCCGCUCAGUUUCACGUUUCGCCGGGCAGUGCAGGCAGAGAGAGGCGUUGACUGUCCGUGUUUAGCGCCCCGUCCGUCCGUUCGCCUGUCUGUCUGUCCGUGAUGUCCCCGCCGGGUUCAACAAACGACUCAACCGCGGGGGAGACUUAGUGACUCGGCGUGACUCGGAGUGACUAGGAGUGACUCAGAGUAACACGUGCAUGAAGGCAGAUCACGAGGGACUCACACGACGCCCUCCUUACUGUCUGUGGGCCGCCCGUGUGUGAGUGUGUGAGGGCGGCAAGUGAGUGAGUGAGUGGGUGAGGGAGUCCUGGUGCUGUCAUGACCCUCCCCCACCCUCACUCCCCCGCCCCCCGGCCUCCUCCCCCUCGCCCCCUCCUGCCCCCCGUGGUGACCUGCCUGCUGGUGCUGCUCCUGUGUGCCGUCUCCCCCGUGACAGGCGGCAUGGAGGAGACUACUGAAGGAGGAGGAGGAGGAGGAGGAGGAGGAAGAACAAACAACGAAGACGGAGGAGGCGAGGUAGCGGUGGUGGUGUCAAGAUCUGAGCGUCAGGUGUUGCCGCGCGAGGACCUGGGCGCGGGGGAGAGAGAGGAGCCGCGCAUCACCUGGGGCCACGCCAACACCAACACGGCCUUCUUCAGGGAGGACGCGCCCACCAACGUGACAGCCAUCGUGGGGCACAAGGCGUCGCUGCCCUGCCAUGUGGUCAACCUCGGCAAGAAGGAGGUGUCGUGGAUCAGACAGCGCGACCUGCACAUACUGACCGUGGGAAUCUACACUUACACCAGCGACGACAGGUUCAAGGUGUACCAUCCCGAGAAGAGUGAUCAGUGGUACCUGGAGAUCAGUUCCGUCACCUUCCGGGAUGCUGGGGUGUACGAGUGCCAGGUGUCCGCCAGCCCCAAGAUCUCCCUGCCCAUCAUGCUCUCCGUGGAAGUGCAGCAGGCGCGGAUCGAGGGCCCAGCGGAGGUGUACAUCCAGAAGGGCUCGACCAUCCGCCUCACCUGCCGCGUCAACACCCACUCGGAGAACGUGGGCGCCGUUACCUGGUUCCGGGACACCCACAGACUUGACUAUGACUCCCCCAGGAGAGACUCCUCCCGCACCACGUCUAAGCUCUUCAUCACCCGGGCCAUGCGGACAGACGUGGGGAACUACACCUGCGUCCCACAGUUUGCGGACGCCGCUUCGGUACAGGUCCACGUGGUCAACGGAGAGGAGUCAGCUGCUGUCCACACCGCCGGCAGCCCCUCAGCACGCAGCGACGGGCGUGCUGUGUGCGUGCUGCUGAUGCUGGCGAUGAUGCUGAGCCGGCGGUGACAUUCUUUGGGGAUCUUGGACGAGGAACAUCUGAGAAGGAGGUGAAAGAAGAGGAAGAGGAAGAACGCUACUCCAUUACUCUAUUUCAUCACCACCACCACCACCACUAACACCACCACCACUAACACCACCACCACCACUACCACCACCACCACCACUGCUACCACUAAUAUCACCACCAACACCACCAGAACCAUCACCACCAUUGCUUUCAUUACCACCACCACCAUCACCACCACCACCACCACCACUUCCACCACUGCUACCACUAAUAUCACCACCAACACCACCAGAACCAUCACCACCAUCACCACCACCACUGCCGAUGCCUCCAACUCAACAACAACAAUAACAACAACAACAACAACAACAACAACAACAACAAAACCACGAACAGCGACAAACAACGACGAAGGGAAAAAAAAGAUGAAAAAAAAAAAAAAAAAAAAUCCUUGGUGAUGAUCGAAAAAAAAAUCUCAUUGCAAACAUCACCUUUUUUUUUUGUUUCUAUCAUCAUCAUCGUCAUCAUCAUCAUCAUCCUUAUUAUUCUCUUCGCUGAUGUUUCUUUCCUUUUUUAUUUUCUUUUGCUUUAACCCACACACGAACGCACUACGCCACUGCCAUUCUUUUUCCUUUUCUCUCUUUUUUUUUUUGCAUUUUCUUUCUAGCAAAUUUAAAGAAACGAUAUCAUAUGCUACAGCUACCACCAACACAGCUACUACUACUACUACUACUACUACUACUACUACUACUACUACUACUUCUACUACCAAACGCUUUUAACCCUACCAAUUCUGCACUACUACCACCACUUCUACUACUACUACUACAAUUUCUACUACUACUACUGCUACUACUACUUCUACUACUACCACUACUACUACUACUACUACUACCACUACCACUACUACUACUACUACUACUACUACUACCACUACUACUACCACUACUACCUCUACCACUACUAAGGCCGCGGUCGUCCCAGCAUCAACAAUUCAUGGCCGCCUUCCCCUCUAACCCUAUUACUUGUUACAAUCACCUCAAUCACCUCACGCUAUUUUUCACCAUUACCGUCACCUCAUAAUUUUCACCUCCCACCGUCAGCACCUUAUGUUCUCUCUCUCUCUCUCUCUCUCUCUGUCUCUGUCUCUGUCUCUCUCUCUCUCUCUCUCUCUCUCUCUCUCUCUCUCUCUCUCUCUCUCUCUCUCUCUCUCUCUCUCUCUCUCUCUCUCUCUCUCUCUCUCUCUCUCUCUCUCUCUCUCUCUCUCUGUCUCUCUCUCUCUCUCUCUCUCUCUCUCUCUCUCUCUCUCUCUCUCUCUCUCUCUCUCUCUCUCUCUCUCUCUCUCUCUCUCUCUCUCUCUCUCUCUCUCUCCGCUUUAAUCACCCGCCACCGCCGUCACGUCCUCAGCCUCACCUCCUCCUCCUCUCUCUUCUCCUC